GCCCACUGCCCCCGCCAUCCCAGCCGGUGCCCAAAGGCCAGCCCUGCUCCAGAACCCAGUGGAGCUCAGAGGCCAGGUUCAUCUCUAGAACCCAAUCCACUUCAGAGUCCCAACCCGGCUCCACAACCCAGCCUUUCAUUAGAAUGCAGCCCAGCUCUGAAGCCAAACUGUGCUCCAGAACCCAGGCCAGCUCUGAGCUAGAACCCACCUCUAGAUACCAGCCAGGCUCGGAGACCAAACUCAGCUCUGAGACCAAGCCUGGCUCCAGAACCCAGCUCAGCUCUGAAACCAAGUCUUGCUCUAGAACACAGGCCAGCUCUGAGCUAGAACCCACCCCUAGAUACCAACCAGACUCAGAGACCGAACUCAGCUCCGAGGCCAAGCCUGACUCCAGAACCCAGCUCAUUUCUGAGAUCAAGCCCCGUUCUAGAACUCAGGCCAGCUCCGAGACCAAGCCUGACUCUUCAACCCAGCUCAGCUCUGAAACCAAGUCUUGCUCUAGAACGCAGGCCAGCUCUGAGCUAGAAUCCACCUCUAGAUACCAGCCAGGCUCGGAGACCAAACUCAGCUCUGAGACCAAGCCUGACUCUUUAAUCCAGCUCAGCUCUGACACCAAAUCUCGCUCUAGACAUCAGGACAGUUCUGAGACCAAGUCUAGCUCCAGAACCCAGCUCAGCUCUGAAACAAAAUCCUCUUCUAGAGCUCAGACCAGCAGCAAGACCAAACUCCACUCUGGAACCCAGCUCAGCUCUGACACCAAAUCUUGCUCUAGAACACAGGCCAGCUCUGAGCUAGAACCCACCCCUAGAUACCAACCAGACUCAGAGACCGAACUCAGCUCCGAGGCCAAGCCUGACUCCAGAACCCAGCUCAGCUCUGAGAUCAAGCCCCGUUCUAGAACUCAGGCCAGCUCCGAGACCAAGCCUGACUCUUCAACCCAGCUCAGCUCUGACACCAAAUCUUGCUCUAGACAUCAGGACAGUUCUGAGACCAAGUCUAGCUCCAGAACCCAGCUCAGCUCUGAAACAAAAUCCUCUUCCAGAGCUCAGACCAGCACCGAGACCAUACUCCACUCUGGAACCCAGCUCAGCUCUGAGACAAAGCCCUGUUCUAGAACUCAGGCCAGCUCUGAGACCAAGCCUGUCUUUAGAACUCAGCUCAUUUCCAAGACCAAGUCCUCUUCUAGAAUUCAGGCCAUUUCUGCGAUUGAGGCCAGCUCUAGAAUUCAGCCAAGCCCUGACAGCAGACCAAGUUCUGGAACCCAGACAGAUUCUAAGAUUCUGCUCAGUUUGGAGAUUAAUCGCAGUUCUGGAACCCAGUCCAGCUCUUAUACUAAGUCUGGCCAUAAAACUCCACCUGUCUCUAUGACUCAAGACACCUGCAUGGCCCGGCCCUACCUGGACACUCAGGCCAGCCUGGGAGCACCACUUAGUUUUGGACCCCAGGUGAGACUCCAGAAUAAGCCCAGCCAUGGAAUUCAAACCAGCUCAGGAUUAAAGGUCAGCUCUCAGACAAAACCCCAUCCAAGAACUCAGGCCAGCCCAGAAAGCUGGCCCCAUGCUGUCGCUCAAUCCAGAACCAAACCUCAACUCUACUCUAAAACCCAUUUGCUUCCAACUACCUGCCCCCGUCCUGAGUCCAAGUCCAGCUCUGAGACUGGGCUCAGCUCUAGAACCCAGCCUACAGCUACAACGAGGCCCGUCUCCAGAAUCCAGACCAGCACUGGCACGCCCCCUGCCCCUGAGCCCAGCUCUGGAACGCGGCAAUGUGCCGAGCCCCAGUCUCCCUGCAGAGCACGGUCCAGCUCUGGGACCCAGACAGACCACACAGCCUGGCCCAGCUGCAGAGCUCAACCCAGCUCCAGAACUCGGCUCAGUUCUGGAGCACAGCCCGGUUCUGAAAACCCAGCCGGCUCUGAAAUGCAGGCAGCAGCUGGGACCCAGCUGAGUUCUAGAACCCAGCUAAGUGCCGGAGUCCAGUCUAGUCCUGCUGCGACCCAGUCCAGUGCAGCCCUGGGGCUGGGCUCCAGGACCCUGUCCAGUUCUGGGAGCCAGCACCACCCAGGAGCUCCACCAACCUCUGGGACUCUACUGUGCUCCAAACCCCUGCCAAGCACUAGAUCCCAGCUCAAGGGCACACCCCAGGCCACCUCUGGUCCUCAGGGGGACUUAGGGAAGCAAAGCGGCUCUGGAGCACAGUCUGGCUCAGGGACUCGGGCAAGGGCAAGGGUGCAGCCCAACUCUGAACCCCCUUCAGCUCCAGCACUCCCCCCGGCUUUAGAGCCCCCUCAGCGCAGAGGCCCAGCUGAGCUCCAGCCGCGGCUCCACCCACCGGCCCCCGGCCUUGACCCUGGAGUUCAGCCUGCCCAGCCCAGCCCCAGUCCCCAGGCCCAUCGCCCAAAGCCCAACUCCAGCCCCUGGGCCUCUGCCUCAGCCCAGGAUCCGGGACAUAAAACCCCCCAGGAGCCAGCCCUUUUCCCCAAGCCCCAGUUGGGGCCCCAGAUGGCCACCAGACCCACCAUACCUGCCACUUCAAGUCCUGUCCCCAGGGUGGUCCUGUGAGUUCCCAGCCCCCUGUGCCCCUCCCCCAUGCUCAGGGAGACAGGGUCCCUCCCCCGCGAUGGGUUGCUGGGGCACGACACUCUCCUGGCUCCUGCAGCCUCCUCCUCACCUGUCCCUCCCAGCCUGCCCCCCCCCAUGAGGCAGGUGACCUCCUUUCCCAGCAGGUGGAGGGGUAGAACGGGGCUUGGGUUUCAGGUGCCUGGAGGUGUAAGCGGACCCAGGCGGGAGGGGGAGGCGGCUGCUCUCCGCACCCUCAGGGCUCCUGGCAAUAAAGGCACUUGGCACCCUGCA